AUGGAGACUGAUGAGGAGGCGAUGGAAUGUUCUUUCCGAUCUCUAGAUCUUGUGAAUGCAACAUUUAUUGCUGAGGGGAAUAGAAUCCCAGUGCCAAAUAUAUCCAGGACUACAAGAGUGGGUCUCCAAUUAAUGGUGGGAAGAGGAACUAUAUCAGGAAGAGGAUUGGGAAAAAAUUUGCAUGGAGGAGUUAAUGCACCUGUGAUGAAGGAAAAUUUUGAUCAUUUUGGUCUAGGCUAUAGACCAGAUAUAAAACAAAAAGAGAAAAGAAAUAGAAAAAAGACGGGGUUCAUUUAUCCUGGACAAAGAAUGCUUAAAGAAGAAGGUCUUGAAGCCAGGUUGGGAGAAAUUCACAUCAAUGCCAUAGACGCAAUUGAGAGAGAGACAUUGCUAGAGAUUCGCCCUUAUGAACCUGGAGGCGAGCUGAACAAUUGGACUGCUGAAAAGAUUCCUGUAGUUUUUAGAGCUCGUUCAGAGUCCCCAGAUAUCAAUGAUAUGAAUAAUGCUGCUUCAGAUUCAGGAUCUCUUUUUGAGCAAAACAUAUGUUUAGAGGGAUCGUAUGAUUUUGAAGAUGAUGUAGACUGUGGUGAAUCAUUGGAGAUUGGGAGCUUGGAGGAGGGAAAUGAGGUAAAAAUUGGAACUGACAUUACUGCCAAAACAAGGCGAGACCUUAUCGAACUACUCCGUAAAUUCAAAGAUGUCUUUGCAUGGUCAUAUCAAGAUAUGCCUGGGUUAAGCAUUGAUAUUGUGGUACACCGUCUUCCUAUAAGAGAAGAUUGCAAGCCAGUUCAGCAGAAACUCAGGAGAAUGAGGCCUGAUAUUGUGCUAAAGAUAAAAGAAGAAGUCAAAAAGCAAUUUGAUGCUGCAUUCUUGCAAGAAGUCAAGUAUUCAGAAUGGGUAGCCAACGUUGACCCUAUCCCUAAAAAAGAUCGGAAGAUGCAUCCGGAAGACAUGAGAAAGACCACAUUCAACACUUUGUGGGGAACGUUCUGUUAUAAAGUAAUACCCUUUGGAUUGAAGAAUGCGGGAGUAACUUAUCAAAGAGCCAUUGUGACUUUGUUUCAUGACAUGAUGCACAAGGAGAUUGAGUUUUAUGUUGAUGAAAUGAUUGCAAAAUCCAGAACAGAAGAGGGAUCAGGGAAGCUGCUGGGCUUUAUAGUCAGUGGGAAAGGAAUUGAGGUUGGCUCGGACAAAGUCAGGGCAAUACGAGAUUCGCCUCCACCACACACUCAGAAAGAAGUACAAGGUUUUCUGGGAAGAUUGAAUUACAUUGCUCGAUUUAUUUCACGACAAACUGAGAAAUGUGACCCCAUAUUCCGUCUCUUGAGGAAGCAUAAUCCGGGCGUAUGGGAUGAAGAAUGUCAGAUAGCUUUUGACAAAAUAAAACAGUUGCUGUCUAAUACUCCAGUGCUAUUACCACCUAGUCUGGACAGACCAUUAAUACUGUAUUUAGCAGUGUUUGACAAUUCAAUGGGAAGGAUGGCCAGAUGGAAAAUCUUACUUUCUAAGUUUGACAUAGUGUAUGUGAGUCAAAAAGCCGUAAAAGGGAGCGCAAUAGCUGACUUUUUAGCUAGCAGAGCCUUGGAGGAUUAUGAGCCUUUAAACUUUGAUUUUCCAAAUGAGGAUUUGAUGUAUGUGGCAGCCACUGAAGAAAAUUCCCAAAUGAAUCAUGUAUGGAAGCUAAACUUGGAUGGAGCCUCAAAUGUUGUGGGUAACGGAAUUGGGGCAGUACUGGUAUCUCCAAGCGGAGAUCAUUAUCCUAUUGCUAGCAAACUGGAUUUUGACUGUACGAACAAUAUAGCAGAAUAUGAAGCAUGCAUUAUGGGCAUUCGUGUAGCUAUUGAACGUAAAAUCAAAGUGCUAAAAGUGUAUGGGGAUUCCGCAUUGGUGAUUUACCAACUCAAAGGAGAAUGGGAGACAAGAGACCCUAAAUUGAUCAGUUAUCGAAAGAUGGUUCUUGAAUUGAUAGACGAGUUUGAUGACAUCACUUUUUGUUAUCUUCCACGAGAUGAGAACCAGAUGGUUGAUGUGUUGGCCACUCUAGCCUCUAUGAUCCAAGUGAAAAAGUUAGAGGACAUGAACCCUAUUCAGAUGAGUAUUUUUGAAACCCCAGCUCAUUGCUAUAAUGUUGAAGAAGAGGAAAAAGAUGACCGUCCCUGGUAUUUGAAUAUAUUGCGAUAUGUGAAAAAUCGUGAAUAUCCAGAUCAGGCAGCAGAGAAUGAAAAGAAAGGGCUGAGAAGAAUGGCUAUUGACUAUGUUUUAGAUGGAGAGAUCUUGUACAAAAAAGGGAAGGAUCAGUUUCCGGCGAGGCUGGCCGCCGGAGAACCCAACGGUUCUCCAGUCUCCGACGGUGAGGCUCCGCCGCCGGAGACCCAAAAGUCUCCUGUUACCGGCAGCGGGCCACCGUGGCCGUGGAAGGAUUUCUCCUUUCUCUGUUUUUGGCUUCUCGAUUCGUUGAGGAAAAGGAAAGGGGCUGAAUAG